AUGAUGGAAGCCAUCUCGAAUCUUCCAUACACAUCCGCAUGCAAGGUGGCGCUGGAGUUUGAAACUCGGUUUUGGGAACACCUCGACCAGCCGAUCUACGGGUCAUGCUAUAUUGCUGGACCAGAUUACCCCGGCAUCGGGUCCGUCUGUUAUCCAUCCUACAAUAUCAACGGCACUGGCCCAGGCGCCCUCCUCGGGUCCUAUAUUUCGAAUCCAGAAUGGACUGAGAAGUGGAUGGCGAUGAAUGAAAACGAGCAUGUUCAGUAUGUUCUGGAUGCCAUGGUUGGAAUUCACGGCAGUGUUGCCCAAAAGCAAUACACUGGCAGAUCCAGUCGGGUUUGUCAAGCUUUGGACCCCCUUGAGGGUGCCAGCUGGGCGGAUCCUACUGUUGGGCAACAUCAGCUUUACUUGCCUGAGUAUUUCAAGACACACAACAAUAUGAUCUUCAUUGGGGAGCACACCAGCUAUACACAUGCUUGGAUUGCAUCGGCUCUUGAGUCGGGUAUUCGAGGGAGUGUUCAGCUUCUACUGGAGUUGGGGCUUGUCGACGAGGCAAAGGCUACUGUGGAAAAAUGGAUGGCGAGGUGGGUUGAAGUGUAAGGAGUGUGGUAUUGAAAAGAAAAGGAGGUGAUUGUUACAUAAGCAGUAGUUGUGGAAUCUAUAGGUGCAGUAGCUUCAAAAAUCAGGGGAAACACAUUCUUUCAUUCAAAUUUCUCAGCUGGGCCAAUUUGUGUUGAUGCACACCAAUGCAGUUAAGAGUUGGUUUAGAUGCAAGUCUGACGCAGAGAUGAGACUCCGUCGCCCUGCAUAACAAGGAGAUUUGAACGGUGCGGUACCUACAGUAGUGGUGUAGCAUUGCUGCGUGUCAGGGAACCAAGCGUUGUUGUUCCACCCUAGCAUGGAGCGGCUAGGGUAGGUAUAAUUAUGUCCGAGAUAAGGGG